CCAUCGAUCCAUCGGAAAUUAUUGAACCGUCUGAGAGGCAUGACGUCAUUGACAAUGAUGAGUUGUCCAGAGAAGGGCUGGUCAUCUCUCUGUCCCCAAAAGUUGACCCCCACGAGUCGAGACUGUCCACAAGGGAGAACGAGAACAAGGGAUUUAGACUGAGGCCUGGUGUAGCACUCGGCUCAGAAUCGUUGGUCCACCAGUCACUCCAAUACAACCUAGGACAACCAUAUUUACCGCCGAACUUCCUGCUCCCGUCCUCAUCAUCUUUACCCGUCUCUACGCCACCUUUUCUUCAACCUAAUGCAGCUCUUCCGCCCUUUUUCCUGAGCCCGUCCACGUCACACACUUCAGCAACCAGCUCCUUUGACGACAUGGCACGCCGGAAGAGAUCCCCAAUGAACAUUCACUGGCACCACCGGCAAGCGGUUUCUCAUAUCGAGCAGAAGUCCAAAUGUCAGAUCUGCACGAGCAACUUGGCUGCUGGGAUUGAGCCGAAACCACCGGUAGAAAACGAAGAAUAUUUUAUAGACAACGACGGCACCAUGACCGUCAAGAAUGGGGUUUGUCCCAGAAGUUUAGCCCUGGCAUUGUUUCAAGACGUUUGGAUCCAAAGAACAAAAUAUGAAGAGCUUUUAGGAGAAAAUUUGGUGAGGUUUCUUCUUAACUUGCAGCAAAUUGUAGAAAAACACCAAGCUAUCUGCCCAGAUGAGGAUGAGUCUCAGAUAAUAUUAGCACAAAAUGUGCUUCAAACCCACACUUCUAAAACACACAUCAAGACUUUAAACAUGCGCAAACGUCCACAUGAACCAGCGAACAAGUCGGACAAAUUUAUCUCAUCCGAUUACCUUUCGACUCAAGAAAAACGAAAGAGCUCUCCAAAGAGAGACAACCCACCUGAUAGUUUUCGAGGAUUACCCAACCCACUUCUUAUGCUCAAAGCGUUGUCCUCUGCUGAGAAGAAAAACCUACCCACAAUCCUCGGCGAGUCCCCCUUGACGUCCCACCCAUCAUCCAUGGCGGACAACAGCAAAGGUGGCGGGUCAGAAAAUUGCAGCUCUGAUGAGUCAUCCAGGGUCAACAGUCCAACGCCGUCCAUGUCCAGCAUCACAUCCGGUCUCAGCCUGUCUGACGCCGCCAAGCAACUGAGUAGCACCAAAAGGGGCACAAAGAUUCUCCCAGUAUCGUCAGCAGAUGGGCAAACACGAUACCAGUGCCCAGUGUGUAGUUUAGAGCUGCCCAACGACCAUGAUCUCACUGUUCACAUUCGCUCACACAAUCAGAGUGGUCAGCAGUCCACGCCAAACACCUGCACCAUCUGUGGCAAAACGUUGAGCUCGCAGAGUUCUUUGGACCGUCAUAUGUUGGUCCACUCAGGUGAACGACCCUUUAAAUGCAAGAUCUGUGACAUGAGUUUCACUACAAAUGGAAACAUGCAUCGGCAUGCUAGGAUACAUGAGAAAAACGGCACUGCCCCGCCCAAAACAUCCCCAGGGCGGAAAACUAGUGAGAGCAAAACUCCCUCCAAGAAAGACCAUUUCCCUGAUGAUGUAAACUUCUCUAAGACUCAAAGCCAAAGACCAGGACAGUUUUAUCAAACAUGUUAUCCGUAUUAUUUUCCACCCACACAUCCGGCAUUCUCUUAUCCACCCUGGAAUACAUCACAGAUGGCAGCUUAUUUUUCUGCAAUGAAGGAUCCAACUUCUGGAGAAUCCCUGGCCAAGCAACCUUGUAUAACCCCAAAUUUUGUUAGCCGUGUGCGGGAGCCGAGCCCGGAUAUAAGAACCAAGCAAGUAUUAUCCUGCAACACUUGUCACGAGGAGUUCACCAAUGACUUCUCACUAACGGCUCACAUGGAAAGUCAUGUGAUUGUGGAUAAAAAGCUGGAGGCUGAGAACGGAUCAUCUUGUGAGACCUGCAAAACAGUGGCUAAGUCAGAAGAGAGUCUAUUACUCCACAUACUGACCCAUCAUAAAGCUAAGGAACCUCUCGCUGAUCCUGAUCCCAAAACUGUCAAAAAAUCCCCCACCUCAUCCCCCACCUCUUCCCCCACCACACCCGGCCUCCCCACACCUGGAAACAGUCAGAGCAACGUUGGCUUUCAGCCCCUGGGUUUUGCCAGUUUCACCUGUAAAAAGUUCCCCCUGAUAGCCAAAUAUUUCUGUGAAAGUAGCCCAGGACUGCGGGGGUCCAAAUCUCCAUUGUUUAAGUGCAGAGAAUGCGAUAAGGAGUUUCCAGUGGAAGGCGCCAAAGACCUUCAUGAGGCGUCCCAUGUUCCGGAGGAGUACACGGUGUGCCCCAUGUGCAACUGCCACUUCACCGAAUCCACCCGGCUCCAGGAGCACAUGCAGAAGCACGUGGCUGACUGCAAGUUUGAGGAAACCCACAAAAAGCCCACCACUGAGGCGGCUGAGCUCAUGACCCAAAACUAUUUUUUAUUUCAGUUUGGUCUGAAAGCCAAAGAGGACGCAGACAUAAAAAUUGAGCCUGACCAGAGCACUGAUGACAUGGAAAGCUCAGAAAGUAUUAAUGGAGACGAUGAAAUGAUCAAAGAUGAAAACAGAAAACACGCCAGUUCCGAAAAUGAAGAAGAAAUCUCUGAAUCCAAUAUCAAAUCUUCACCUAGCCUCAAGUUUAAACAAGAGAAUGAUUACAAGUCUCUAGUAUUACCCCCGAGCCAUCUUCUAUACAAACAUUCCCUAAAGUCAACAUCGCCAGUUGGCUCCUCAGCGUUCCAGCCUCCGCAUUCCUCCAGACUUCCUCCCUCCAGAUCCCAUGCCUCAGCGUCACCAAGCCCAUCUCCUGGGAGUGACUCUGGACAAGGCUUGCAGGAGAGUCCAGCAGAGUCUAUGGAUUGUGUGAUGCCACCCAUGUUUCCAUGCAAGUACUGUGAUGUAGUACUCUCCAGUCCCAGAGAUUUAAAAUACCACCAACGCAAGCACAAGGAGACGUCCCAGUUCCAGUGUAAGGUGUGCAGCUACUCCAGCUCUGACAAGAGCACACUUCUGCGCCACAUGCGAACCCACAGCGGGGAACGGCCCUUUAAGUGCGGCAUCUGCGAAUACUCCUUCACCACCAAGGCCAACUGUGAGCGCCACAUGAAACAAAAACAUGGACUGGAAAAAGACCAGCUCUCUGAUAAGUUGAUAUGCAACAAAUAUAUAAUAGCUGACAAGCGAUCAUCGCCAUCACCAACUCUCAUUGCCUCUAGUAGCAGCAUUGGACAACCACUGGACACCAUUUGCAAAGUGUGCAAGGUGGACUUUCAACACUGGAGAGCUCUACAGCAGCACAUUCAUGUCAGCCCUAACUGCCAUAUGAUCUAUGUGUGCAAACUCUGCAAGAAACCAUUUUCCUCACGACCAAGUGCUUUGAGACACAUGCAGAAACAUCACUCCGACACCCCCACAAAGAUCCACGAGAAGCUAAUCAUAAGCAUCGAAAACUUAGCCGCCAUCCCUUCCAACCCUAACCAGCCCCACACCCCACCCCCUGCUCACUCUAAAUCCACCAUCUCCCCAUCCCCAUCUUCCGCAUCCCUUGAGUCAGUUUUCUUCAAACCAUCAAGGUACCAGAACACCAGCCCUGCUCUGGUUGCCAUCAAAACCGAAGCCGUGGAUAAACCUCUAGAUUUUAGUAAACAAGACGUGGACCGGGCUGUUCCUUACGCCUCCCACCGCCAACACUUGCUGAGUGGAUCCAGGUCCAGCUCCCUGUCUGAGGAGGACCACGCCCUGGAGGAACUCCCUAUAGACUUGUCAGUGUCCAAGUCCUCUAACUCUAGCCCCUGGGACAAAGGGACAGCACUGCUAAACCAGAGUUCUUAUGACUUUCCAAGGCAGAUUCCACAUCAGCCAGGAACCUCAACACUCUCGCCUCAUGCCAGUAAAAAACACCCGCCCGCCUCGCUUGAUAAAAUGUUCCGCAAAAGUGACGGCAACAACAACCAGUUGUCUCCCCUUUACGCAUCUAGCACCAGUCAUCAAGGGGCUAACCAGCAGCCGCUGCCUCAGAAGUUAUCUCUCCUUGGACACACCCAGACAUCGCCUAAAUUAAAUGUGCAGGGCUCGGCAUUACAGUUGCCUGCAUUAAAACACCCGGCCUUUCCCCCGUACCACCAGUUGAUCUCACAGUACAGUGCGUUGCUCCCACCUCAGACUAAACUAACCCCACCCCAAAGUCUGUCAUCUCAGAAGUUGAAUUUCCUCCCCAGUGCUCUCCCUUCCCUUCUGAUUCCCUCAGGAACCCUAAACCCAUUGGUUCCAUCAAGUUCCCGUUCCCUGUUCCCUAAAGUUGAAAAAAGCCCAGAAGUAGAAAGACCUGAGGCCUUGCAAACUGUAAACAAAGAGGGAAGCUCUUUUCCAGGUCAAGCAGUCCCAUCCAGAUUACCUAUAGAACUCAGUGCUCAGACUGCCACAAAAGUAGAGGAUGAUAAUGAAGAUUCAGAAACCUCACCGACUAAAGAAAGUUCAUCUGAAAGUGAUUCAAGUUGUGAACUUGCCUCUGUCAAUAAAAUCCUUGAUGCCACAGAUGCCCAGAAGUUUCAAGGGUUUUUAAUGAUUGCAGAGACUGAAGAUGAACAAGAAGGGAAAUCAGAGUCUGUGAGCAGUGGUGAGGACUCCAACCUGAGCAUGGAGAACAUGUUCUCCAUCUCCCAGUCAGCUCAUCAGCUCAGCUCAAGGUCUGAUGAAGGCUCAAAUGCCAGACAGGAUGAAGCCUCUUCUGCAUCGGAGGAGGGAAAAGAUCUCCACUCUGUCACUGUCAAUGUGGCCUUAAUUGAUGGAAGUCUCCCAGAGGUUUUUAAAGAAAGAAGGUUCCCUUUUGAUAAGAACCAGCCUGACAAGAGCAACAUGAGUGAGCAGGCCAUAGCUGAGCUGAUAGAGAAAGUCUCCAAAGAAAACCCUGGCUCACUAACCAAGAAAAAAAGAAACUCCUACGCAGACUCCCCCCACAAAUUUUCAUGUCCCUACUGUCCUCGCUGCUUCCCUUGGCUCAGUUCAUUGAACAGACACCUCCUCACCCACACUGGUCAAAAGCCCUUUAAAUGUCCCAGGUGCCCAGUCACAUUUUCCACAAAGUCCAACAGAGAGCGCCACUUGAUUCGCAAACACAACGUGAACAUGCUGGACCCAGCCUCCAGGUCGACCAUGGACCGACCUUAUAAAUGUCAUCUCUGUGUUUUCAGCUCCUUCUCCACUCAAAGCAACCUGGUGAAACACUACAAAGACCGCCACAGUGGCGUCUCACCCCCUGCCAGAGUUCUUGAGGCCAUUGAUAAAUCACUCUCUGAUGCAGAGGGGGAGGAGAACAUGCAAAACGGCGUUGGUCCCAGUUAUGAGGAUGAGGAAGAAUAUAAUAAUCUUGUAGAGAUGAGAGGUGGAAUGUCAGAUAAGGACAUCAUGAUACAGAACUACACUCACGACAGUGACAGCAAUCACAGUGGGAACAACAUAAUAUCCGCGCGGGACCCCCACAAGAAAAGAAAUGCUAUAUUCAACCUGGCCAGUGAAGACGAACCGGAAACGAACGGAAAAAUAUCCUUGAACAACAACCUCAGCUUGACUCCGCCUUCCAAGCUGGCAUCUGGUCUGACAUCCAGGCCUGGUAUUGACGACACGGUUCUUACAGACACCAUGAAAAACUUCCUGGAUAAAAGUGUGCGCCAAGCUUUGGAGGACAGCCACAGGCGUGCCUUAGAGGAGGGGUCAAAGUUCAUCAUUACACCAGCCAUAGAGCGCCACUUACGCCAUUUGCCUUCGAUGGAGGAAAUCAGUGGAGACAUGGUGAUUCAUGAACACGCAAGAUGUUUGAAAUGUGACAAGAAUUUUUUCAACAGGAAAUUGUUGACGAAACAUCUGAAGAAUGACCACAGUAGUGAUCUCCCUUUCAAAUGCUAUCUCUGUGAGAAGUCAUUCAGCAACAGAGUUGAGUGUCUUCAGCACCAGUCUCAGGCUCACCAGGCAGAUUGGAGCAACUUGAAGGAGAAAAAUGACAUUGGCAACAUCCAGGUGUAUGGGACAAGGCUGGACAAAAUGAUUGAAAAGCUGUGCAAGAAGGGGAGGGAUAUUCUAGAAAAACAGGCCCAGGAUGGUAAUCCUGCAAAAACCUUCCUCCUCACCAACAAAGCUGAGUUAGGCCUACCAUCCCAAGAUGCUGUUGAUGUAGAAGACUGUAAUGAAGACUUGCCCGACACAGGGGUAUUGGACGAGGUCAUCACCACUGACUAUUUACAAAGGAAGGUGCACUGCGCUUUGUGUCCAAAAAGGUUUUGGUCACUUCAGGACCUGCGACGCCAUAUGAGGUCACAUACAGGUGAGCGACCUUAUAGGUGUGAUAUAUGUUUCCAGAAGUUUACUCUGAAGCACAGCCUGAACAGACACAAAGCCAAACAUCACCCAGAUUUGAUAAACAUCCAAGAUGGAAGUUCAGAUGAGGAGGAGUCUGAAUCAGAUGAAGAUAAAACAAAAGAAGUGGAAAAAUCAGUUCAGCCAAUGGAUUUGAAAAACUCUGGCCACAUUGGUGGUAAUGAUGACAACAACAACAAAAACAAUCUUGAGGUCAAUGAUGAUGACAUGCUACACAACCUUCUUGGGGUAGAGAGCUCCACAAUUGACAAAAUCUUUGAGUCAAAAGAUUCUGCUGCAAGUCUGCUUGGUGUUUAAUCAUAACAUUUUUGGGUUUCCAAAAAAUGGAGAAAAACUUUCUUUUUUUGUGUGUGUUUAAAAUGUCCUUGUGUCAAGUAUUUGUAUCAUUUUAUAAAUUUGUUAUUAAUGUAAAUAAUGCUUGCACUAAUGCACUAUAUUAAGUCUGAAGUUUAUUUUAACUUUGAUGAUGUAUUGAAUUUGAAUGUUUAAUUUUUAAAAAUUGAAAUGCAACUAUUACAUUUAUAAGGAGAAUGCAUUAAAAUUUCACUAAAAUUAAUUUUCUGGAACUAGCUCAAGAAUAGUCCCAAGUCUAAACAUGCCUUAACACCUAAUUCAUCAGUUUUGUGAUGUGGGUCAAUUAAAUUAUAUAGAAGGCCUUAAACUAUAUGCUGAAAGAAUAUAUUUAUGAAUUAUAAGAUGUAUUUAUAUAAUUGUUUUAAAAUUACUUACCGUCCAUUUUAAUAGUAUAUUAAGAAACUAAUAAGUAUUCUAAUAAUAACUUAAUUAAUUUUUUUAAAUUAAUGUAUUACAUAAAUAUAUAAUUUAAUUUUGAUUAUAUUUGUACAGCUAAGGAAUUCGUUCAUAUGUUAAAAACUUUUGGAGUUAGCCAUGUUUCAAGUACUUGCUAUUACACUGUUGGAACAUUUUGCAUUUAUUUUCAUCUAAAAUAUAAUUAAUCUAAACCUCUAUCUGAUCAACUGGCAUUUUGUUGCUAAAAAUCUAUGAAAAGAUACUUUUAAUACCAAACAAUAUACUUGUUAUGCAAGCAUUAAUAGAUAAAUAUUGUAUUUAUGCUGUUAUAAUUUACAGCCGUCCAUUACAAAGUAUUCACAUACAUGCUUUAAUAAAUCUUGACCACCUCUAUAUAGUUUACCUUCGUGUAAAUACAACUGACUAAAAAUCUUUCUAAUUUUUGCAUUACACUUCCUUGUUUUGACGGAGAUCUGAACACAGCAUCAUCUGAAAUAAUAAGUAAAUUAUUUUAUCCAGUCACCACCCUGCUGUGAAUGGAAUAAAUCGACUAGCUACUGAAUAGAAAGGUAUGGAGAUGUGAGCAACCAUCUAUUGCGUACUUUACUCAUCAUACUCUUCACUGGUUGCCAUGGGAAUGAAUGUCUUAUGAAAAACUCCCAAUGGCUGUGUUCAAAUUCCAUGUAUAUUAUUUAUGUCUUAGUGCCCUGACUUGUUCUGGGUUGUUUAAAAAAAAAUGUGUUUUCAGUGACAACAGGGCAAUCCUGGCUUAAGAUUAAUUACUUCUUGAUUAUACUUUUAAACUAUUUAUUCCAUCACUUAGAUGUGUGACUGACUGAAAUUUGAUUUGACUAAAUAACAAAUUUGUGUGCUUUACAUAAUAUAUAUUUAGUUUUCCUUCUUUCAAAAUUAUUUUUAUAAAUGUCUCAAAAUAUUUUCUGUUUUGAAAAUUCAUUACUUUUAUUUUACACUGAUAUCUUUAUUUAUAUAGUUUAUUUUAAUGCUUACAAAUUCCUAGUUUUUGCCAAGUAUAACUUACUAAACUUAGUGCCUUUAUUACAAAUCUAAAAUUUGUAAAAAAAAAAAAAUAUUAAUCAUAAGCAUGAAUGUGAUAUUGUUAGUCACUUUUGUGCCUUGUUAAAUGAUUAAAUAAAUUUUGUCAAUUGAAUGUAUUAGUUCUUAUAUCAAAGAAAAUAAAGAAAUUGUUUUGCACACAUUUGUUGUGCAAGUCUGUAUAUUGUAUAAAUAUUUGGGUGUGAUUCUGAUGCUGAUGUAUUUCUGUUUAGCUAUAUUUAUAAAAACAUAAAUAUUUCUUUUAUAAGAUUGAAUUUUGUAAGUAUUUGAUGAAUCAAUAUUUCACAUUCUUUGUCCAUUAGUUUCUAUGACCAUAUUCAAAAUAUUGGUAAAUUUAAAAAACCAAUUAACAUAAAAUUUGUCCUGAGAUGAUAAUGCCCAAAUUUUUAUAAGAAUUUAUUUUUGUGUGCUUGAGGACAUUUUAAAGAAAACUUAAGAUUAAAAAAUUGAUUGAUUUAAAUCUCAUGAGCUUAUUACAAAAUAUAAAUACUAUUUUUACACUAAAAUGUGUACUGUUAAUCUCAAUUUAUGUCUACAACUUAUUGUAUUUACUAUUUUUGUUAAUUUAAAACUAUAAAAAUGCAAAUCAAUUGAUUAUUUAAAAUGUAAUUUUGUCUAAAUUUAAUUUAAACAUAAUAAUAUACUUGUUUUUUAAAAAUGUAUAUACAAAGUAUUUAAUGAACUAGAUCUUGCCAAUGCUUUUAGUAGUUUACAUUAUCUGCUAGCGUUCAUGUGUUGUUUUUUUUUAAACUACUUGUAAAAUGUGUUGUGCUUUAAUUUAUUCUUGUUAAACUUUAUAUUUCCAAGUUUUUAGAAUUAGUUUUUAAUACUUAUUUCACCUCUGAAAUGAAAUUAUAUUUAGACUUCUGUAUAAAUAGUAAGAAAUAUAAAAAGAACCAAAUUGUGUACUAAGCCAAAGGUUUGUUAUACAUCCACCGAAAAUGCCAAAGCCAUGAAGAGAAGAUUACAUUUGCAUGAAUAUUUUUUUUUUAAGUUUGUUUUAAAGACCAUUUUAAGUAUGGCAUUUGACAUAUUUUGUACGUUUUUUUAAAAUCUAGUUUGCCUACACUUUUAAAAAUACAGAACUUUUUUCUUUUUUUUUUUUAAAAAAUUGUCCUUCCAGGUAUUACUAGUACUAGUUAUGUUAAUUAGCUUACAAAAAAAGAACAUAAAAUAAUUCACCACCCCAUCUUUUUAUACUUGAGCAAUAUUUAAUGGAAAAAAAAUCAACAUUUGACCACAUUGAAUAUCCAUCUUUUCAUAAUCAACAAAAUUGUGCCAACUUUGCCUGAAAAUUUUCCGUCCCAUGAUGUUGCACCCUACAGGCAUGCUCACAACUGUCUGAGUUCAGAAGUAAAUAGGAAACCAUUGUCUUCGGGGAAACUAACCUAUAAAUAUAUCAUACAGCUCAGAGUCAUGACAUUUCUAAACACAAUAUACUUCAAAUGUAUUAAAAGUAAGUAUUUUAUUAAUCCAUCUAUGGUUGAUUAUGCAUGUGCAAGUUUAUCAAUGAAACAGUUAUUUAAUGACAUUAUAAAAAUCUUUAAAAUAUAUAUUCUAUAUCAUACACAUUCCAUACUUGUUGCAUAGUAUUUAAAAUUUACUAGUAUAGGCUCAAAGUGCACAAUGGUCUUUCAAAAAUAGUUAACGAUGACAAUACAAAUUGAAACAGAAAUUUGUUUGCAAUUAUUACUGUUAGAACCCAUUAAGCUUAUUUUAUUAGAUAUAUUGUUUUUUUUUCUUGAAAAAUAAAUUUUAACAUUUUUAAU